AUGGCAGUCCGCACUUUUACCCAACCGUCGUCCCUUGAGGACACACUAGUCAAAGCAUCCAAGAUGUCUGGCUCAGAAGGCAACGAUGCCACUCGCUCGUUGGAGAACGCAAAGAACAGCACACAGUCUCACUCUGCAGAGGCACAGGCACCGUUAGCAAGCCAUACCAACCCAAACUCGAGACCAGGCAUUACCUUCGCACACGAAGAUAGUCUUCCGAAACUUCCCAUCCCAGAGCUAGACAGUUCGUGUAAGAAAUACAUCGCUGCUCUCAAACCCUUGCAAUCACCAAAGGAACACAGCGACACGGUUCAUUCCGUAGAGGACUUCCUCAAGACAGAUGGACCAGUGCUUCAGGAAAAGUUGAAGAAAUACGCUAGUGGAAAGAACAACUACAUCGAGCAGUUCUGGUAUGAUUCAUAUCUGAAUUUUGACAACCCGGUGGUACUUAAUCUAAACCCAUUUUUCUUACUGGAGGAUGAUCCCACCCCAGCUCGCAACAACCAGGUCACUCGCGCAGCCUCAUUAGUGGUCUCGGCACUGUCGUUUGUCAGAGCUGUUCGUCUAGAAGAACUACCGCCUGACACCAUCCGCGGCCAACCGUUGUGCAUGUACCAAUACUCAAGACUGUUUGGUACUGCUAGGAUACCCACCGAGCAUGGAUGCCAGAUCGGUCAAGACCCCACGUCCAAGCAUAUCGUCGUCAUGUGCUAUGGCCAGUUCUAUUGGUUCGAUGUUCUGGAUGAUAACAACGACCUGAUCAUGACAGAAAAGGAUAUUGCGCUCAACCUCCAAGUUAUUGUAGAAGACGCACAGGAGAUACCGAUUCAGGAUGCUGCCAAAGGAGCACUAGGUGUGCUCAGUACGGAGAACCGAAAGGUCUGGGCAGGUCUCCGCGAUGUGUUGCACAGGGAGGAAGGUUCAAACAACUCUGACUGUCUCAACAUCGUCGACUCGGCACUUUUCGUCUUAUGUUUGGAUUACACCGAGCCACAAACAGGUGCCGAUCUCUGUAUGAAUAUGCUUUGCGGUACGAGCAAGAUUGAGCGCGGUGUUCAGGUGGGGACAUGCACCAAUCGCUGGUAUGACAAGCUGCAAAUUAUUGUUUGCAAAAACGGAAGUGCUGGAAUCAACUUUGAACACACCGGUGUGGACGGUCAUACAGUGCUGAGAUUUGCAUCCGACGUAUACACAGAUACUAUCCUCCGAUUUGCCAGGACUAUCAACGGUAGUGCACCAAGUCUGUGGGCUUCUUCGAGCCCUGAUCCCGCGAAGCGCGACCCAGAUAGCUUCGGCGACGUACAAACAACACCCCAUAAGCUUGAGUGGGACAUGUUGCCGGAACUUAGCACAGCACUUCGUUUUGCCGAGACGCGCCUGGCAGAUCUUAUCCAACAGAACGAGUUUGCGACCCUAGAGUUUCCUCACUAUGGAAAGAACUUCAUGACUUCGAUGGGUUUCUCUCCUGAUGCUUUUGUUCAGAUGGCCUUCCAGGCAGCGUACUAUGGUUUAUAUGGACGGAUAGAGUGCGUAUAUGAGCCCGCCAUGACCAAGAUCUACUACCAUGGACGUACGGAAGCCAUUCGGUCCGUGACGGAAGAGUCAGUCGACUUUUUGACAACAUUCUGGGGCGAGAACCCCGCAACGCAAAAGAUCGAGGCACUCCGAAAGGCUUGCCAGAAGCACACUGAGAACACAAAGAUCUGUUCCAAAGCCCAAGGUCCUGACCGACAUCUUUACGCCCUAUACUGCAUUUGGCAGCGUGCCAUCGACGAGUCAAACGACACAGCUAGCAGUGAUGGCUGGGACUCUACGCGACCAUCUAGCGCUGAUGCAUCGGGUGUAGGAUCACCCAACCGCAACUCAGUACUAUCGGAGAACGACUCCAUCUCCAGCUCACCACCACCAGCGCCAAUGCAACACUCAAUGCCCGCCCUCUUCGCCGACAGUGGCUGGGACAAGAUCAACCAAACCAUUCUCUCUACCUCAAAUUGCGGCAACCCUUCACUCCGUCAAUUCGGUUUCGGCCCAACAUCCGCCGACGGAUUUGGCAUCGGUUAUAUCAUCAAAGACGGCAGCAUCUCCAUUUGCGCCUCAUCCAAGCACCGCCAAACUUCGCGCUACAUUGACGCGCUCGAAUCUUACUUCUUGGAGAUUCGCAAACUCCUCCGUCAAAUCAAACGCCGCGGUACCUCAGCCGAUAAAACCGCAACCCGUGCCCGCGAAGCAGAAGACAGACCCCUGGCCAGCCGUCUCAAGAGCAGAGGCAGAAUUAUUCUAGGAGACGGCGGCAAGCAACAGACGCCCGCAGAGAGUAUAGUAGACGAUGACGACGACGACGGUCUUGGUGGAUGUAGGACUCCCCCUUCCCCUCCUUCCCUUCUUUCCCUUGAUGAAGUCUCGAGCCAUGCUUCUUGUUCCUCUUCUCCUUCUACACCUCCUUUCCCAAGAAUAGGCGGUUUACCGCCUACGCCUCCUCACUCUCCUCCUUUUAAACCCAUGACGCCUGUUUUGAUGAGUUCGCCGCAUAAGCCUAUUCCAGUUGUCAAGACAGUCAAGGCGAGGAAGGUGCCGCAGUCGGCGCGGAAACCAAUCUUUUAUUCGUCUUAA